ACAGCACACACAUACAGCACACACAGCAGACAGCACAGCACACAUACAUACACAAGGCACACACACACAGCACACAUACAGCACAGCACACAUACAUACACAAGGCACACACACACAGCACACAUACAGCACAGCACACAUACAUACACAAGGCACACACACACAGCACACAUACAGCACAGCACACACACAUACACAAGGCACACACACACAGCACACAUACAGCACAGCACACACACAUACACAAGGCACAGCACACACAGCACACACACACACAGCACACACACAGCACACACAACACAUCACAGCACACACACAUACACAAAGCACACACACACAGCACAUGUGGCACAUGCCCACGUCCUUUAUUUCGAGUGUGCAACACACACACAGCACACACACACAGCACACACAGCACACCACACACACAGCACACUCACACACACACAUCACAGGAGAGGCGGGGUGAACUUGUAGAGACGGCGGUGGUGGCGUGGGGGAGGUCACCGCCCACCCAAACAAUACAUCGCUUGCGCGACACAAACCGGGGACGUCAUCCAGAGAAGAGAGACACAGAUUGUGGAACGAGCGAUUGGACGCAGCAACAACAACAACAGCAGCAGCAGCAACCAAACAACAACAACAACAACCAAGAAACCAAGCAAGCAAAGCGAGACCCGGUUUUGGUGUCACUCCGCUGCUCGCGUCCGCGGUGUCGCUACCACGUGGAACGAGCGACUUGUCAGAUGGCUGGUCGGCCAGAGCUGCUGGGUCAGGCCGAGCGCGAGGGAGCGCUCCCCGAGUUAACCGCCUCGGGCUGGCUCGUGCAGGCCUCCAGGGAUGCCCUCCACAAGGAGUUUCUCUUCAAAGAUUUCAACCAGGCAUUUGGAUUUAUGUCACGGGUCGCUCUUCAAGCAGAGAAAAUGGACCAUCAUCCCGAGUGGUUUAACGUUUACAACAAGGUGCAGAUCACUCUCAGCACUCACGACUGCGGGGGGCUCUCGGAGAGGGACGUUCGCCUCGCCCGGUUCAUAGACAAAGCCGCGGCCUCAAUUUAAGCGUGACCCGGCCCCCUCGGCCUUGUCUGUCCGGUGCUCGCCCAGCUGCAUUGGCUUACGGUUACCGAACGGAUAUGUGAUGAGGUCGCACUCAUUACGCACACAGUGCUUGCCACGAAUGAACCACGGUACCUUGCCGAUCUCGUCAAGGAGCUUACACCAUCACGCGAACUCCGGUCAUCCUCGCAGCAGCGGAUUUUGGCUGACCAUCGAACAAAGACGGUCGCUGCUGUCCGCGUGCUUCCAGAUGCGCUUCUGCAGCCGUCUGGAACGUUCUUCCUUCCAAUGUUAGGAAGCCACUGGAGCUAUCCACUUUUAAACCUCGAUUGAAAAUUAAUUUAUUUCAAAUUGCUUUUUGUGUUUAGCUUGUUGUCCUUCCCACGCACCUCGAAUUAGCACGAUUGUCUGUGUAAGGUGCGAAAGAAAUUCAACGUACGUACAUACACACACGGUACUCACGCUAAGGUCCGCACCAGAUGAGACGCAGGAAACUGCUGAACCCUCACGGUGGAGAUCGAGGCCAUCUCAUCCGCUGCCACCGAAGCCGCCACAUCUUGCCAUCGCUUCUUUCCACCUGCCGAACGCCACGUACCGUUAGUCGACACAUCGUCGGCCAAGGUUUUUUGGCGUACGGUUGUGUGCAUUUUCCAUUUGAUUAGAAUUUGCGGUGUGUGGAAAGUGUGAAAGGGAUACCAAAUAAACGUUUCUAAUCGUG